AUGCAUCUCCUGCGCACCGCAACCCUCCCCUUCCCGGCACAGCAGAAACAAGGAUGCCGAAGCGGUUCAGUUGCGACGAAGAGUAGGAAGAUCGGGCGGAUAGGGUUUCACAUACCUCUUCUACACUUACAAGUCUUCCUUUCCAGGAUUGCCAUGGGGGCUUUGGGGAUGGUGGCCUUGAUAUUCCGCACAGUGACAAGAGAUUUGUUGGCUUCAAGAAGGAUGAGAAGCAGCUGGACACUGAGAUUCACCGCAACUACAUUUAUGAAGAUCAUGUUGCAGACUACAUGA